AUAUGUAUGGGAAAUGGCAAAAAAGGGAAAUUUCUCCAACCGCAUUCUACAUGUGCGCCUCCACAUACAUACUUACAAACGUAGCGAACAAGAUGCGAAAAAGAAGAAGCAGAAGGGAAGAAUAAAAUUGUAUUUUUGUUUCUUAUUAUUCCACUGUGAUUUUGCAGCGUGGAAUAUAGUGUACACUUGGCGCUGGUUGGCGUUUUGAAUGCUGUUGGAUUUGUCGUUGUCAACAUUCGGAAGAUUUGAGCCAUCGUAGUUGGUCGUGUUUUGUUAAGUUUCGAGCGUGAUAAUAUAUCCGUGUUGCGCGCUGUAGUCGCUUUUCUACUUUUUUAUAUUUCUCUUAUUCAAUUCGCUGAAGUUAUUAUAAAAUAUUAUUGAUGUAUAAAAAACUGGAAAACACCUCUAAAUAAAGCAAAUGCAAGCGGUGUACUAAAUUUUCGUAUGAGAAAUUAGUUAAAAAUGCCUACACAAAAAGUAAAUGUUGAGUGAAUGGGCAAGUAGUGUACAAGUGGAAUAACAGCAAACGUUACAAGGUGUAGAUGCAUUGAAAAACAAAAAAAUCAUAAUAAAAAGAAGCAAAUCUCCAAAGCAAAGGUAAAACAGGAGUGUACGAAAUACUAAGAUGCAGAGCACAGUGGAAAAUGAAAUGUAUUUUUUUUUUGUAGUCAGUAAUUGAACAAAUUCUAGAAAAAGCGGAAGAGUGAAAACAAUAAAACAAGUCAAACACUUAUUAUAGAAAAUUGAAAGUGAAAAAGCAAGACUUCGACCCACAAUUCAACAAAAAAUAGAAAAUAUUGUUAAUAAAAAAACAGCAAAUCGCACACACUUUGAGAGGCACUGCCAUUGCUGUGUUGAUUAGUGCUCCACAGUACGUCGUUGGUCCGUUGGUUGUUAUUGCAUUCACCAAGCCAUUACAUGAGCUGCAUGAGUAAUUGAAUGUGUUGUCAAUGCUGAUGUUGUUGGCAGAGAUGUGUUGUUGACAAGUCAGUGCGUCCAAGCAACAACUAUCAUACAUAAAUUUUGUAUAUACAUAAGAAGGAUUUGUUGGCGAAAAUUGCAUAGCCAAAAGGCAAAGUGCUCAUGCACUUUUUUGUUUAGAAAUUAGAUAAUGACAAAUCGUUGAUGAAUUUAAGUGAGAUAGAAGGCAACAAAAAUAAACCAUAACUUAUGGGCACAUGAGCAAAACAACAACAUAAACAUCAACAAUAUCUGCGACUGCAAGCGCAAUAAGCAAUAAAAAGGUGUACAUUAAAAACAACAGCAAAAGCGAGAGCAAAAAGUGCAAUCGAACAACUGCAACCGAAAUUCUUGGCAUACAGCGCAGAGUGAACGAAACGAAUGACGAUCACGCGAUGCGUCAGUAUUUCAGUGGUGCGCGUCUUUGAGUAACGUAUCGAAAUUAGUGCGGUGUAAACACGGAACGCGUGUGCGGUAUAUGCAUAAAUUAAUCAGCAGAUAUUUAAAGUAAAUUAUAAAAAAAAAUUAUCUAAACGCAAAUAAUUAAGAAAAACUUAAAACUCAAAUAUAUAAAAACAAAGGAUUUCAUAAAUAUUUCUCACAACACCGGAACGCCGCGAAAAGGACAACUUAAAUUCUAACUCACAAAUAAUUUCUCAUCCACAUUUAAUUGAAAUUAACCAACGCCACCAUGCCGGAAACAGAGUAUGAAUGCAUUACAAAGGAAUGGCUGCAAGCGGAAUUGCGCGCCAUAUCCGCUUCGUCACACCAUAGCCACAGUCACAGCCACACCCACCCGCUCACUUCGUUGCUGGCACAGAAAUUAAUCCUCUUAGAUUGCCGCAGUUCGCACGAAUUUAGCGAGUCGCGCAUCCGUUCAGCGGUGAAUUUCUUCAUACCAAGCAUUAUGCUGCGCCGCCUAGCGCUCGGAAAAAUCGAUUUGCUGUCAACUAUUAAAUCAACAGAUUUAAAGGAACGCGUACAGAACGGCUAUAAAGUGAGCCUAUUCGUAUUGUACAAUGAUGCCGGCAUGCAGGAGCAGCAAACGGCGCAGACGUCGACUAGUGGCGGUGGUGGUGGUGGUGGUGGAGUAGUAACGGGUGAAGGCAUCGGUGGAUGUGGCUUGGAUAUUAUGUGUGGCGGCCCACGCAGCAGCAAUGUAGCUGCGGAUGCUACUAUAAAUAUUUUGUAUCGCCGCUUAAAGCAGGACGGGUGUCGGGUGGUGGUUUUGCAAGGUUGGGUAGCAAAUUCGCACAAAAUCAAACUUCGAUCGAUCUAAUGAAACCGAGAUCGAUGCACUCCCUCUGUGGACAAUGGUUGGUUGGUUUAGGGUUGACCCCGCAUCGGAGUGCCCGUUGUGUUGCCCUAGAGCUCAUUAUAUUAUAUGAUUUCCCCACCUAACCGAGAUUUUUAUUAUAGAUUUUGGCCAAAGAUAUUAAUUCGUUUCGGGAAUUUUAUGAGAGACUCGAUUUUCAGGUCCGAGAGUACUGAAAGAUUGCCAAUUGUUGGAGAGCCUAGAAGAGCGAGUGGACUUCUGGCUAGGCCGGGACAACUGCACAGCAAAUGCCUGCUCGAUACUUCCUCAUCUUCGUCCUCGCGUAUCUGCACAGGUCGUUUUGAAGGCAGUCACUGUGGACAAUACUCAUUUUUUUUAGUGGUGUUCCCCUCUCAACCGGCAAUACCUAAAAUCCAUAAGUACGUAUUGCUGCCGGCAUUAAUAAACCUACAAGUGUAUUUCUGCUAUGGAAAAAAUUCUUCAUAAAAAAAUAUCUGCCACUCGUAGCCGGAAUCCUCCAAUUCGAUAACAACAUUAAAGCGCAUACCUCAAAUUCGAGAAGCAGCUCGGCCAAGCACCUAGUAAUUUCAUUUUUUAUUUAUUUACUAUAAGUACAAUAAUUUUUUAGUAGAGCAAUUAUUCCAUCAGGGUAGAAUAUAAAGAUUUUCUGGGUGAAAAUUCCAAAAACGCAGAAAUUCUACAUACAAAAAAAAUCAAACAAAAAAGAACCAAACGUAUUUUAAAGGCCUGAGAUCAACUUUACUGCAGUAAGAGCAUUUCGCGAAGAUCGAAACAAUUUACGGGGUCUGAAGCAGCGAAAUCACAGAAUCCACCAGAUAGUCCAUAUGCAUCAAAACUCUCUAGCCAAGCUAGCCAAUUAACUCUUCUGGAGUGGUGAUAGUAAUGGAAAAUUUUCAAAAUUAUUACGCUUAUUCAAUUUCAAAAAACUUAUCGUUAAAUUUAUGUAGUUUUUAAAUAUAGUUAAUAGGAAUAAUAGUUAGAUUUACUGACUUGGA